AUGUCUUCGUAUUUACUGGUGUUUACUAGUGAAUGUACGGAGAAACUGAUUCAUGCAUUUAUAACCAGUAGGUUAGACUAUUGCAACAGUCUCCUCUAUGGAGUUCCCGACCAUCACAUACAAAGACUCCAACGUGUCAUGAAUACCAGUGCGCGAUUGAUCUUCUGCGCACCUAAACACUGUCAUAUUACGCCGCUCCUUCAACAACUUCAUUGGUUGCCUGUCCGCCUACGUAUUGAGUUUAAAAUCCUUUUGAUCACCUCUAAAGUACUCCCGGGCUCAGCUCCUAAACAUCUCAUUGAAUUAAUUUGUUUUACCGCCAUCUCGUUAUGA